UGGAGACAGAACUAGUAGCAGUAGUAGUAGUAAUAAAGCAGUGAAACUUAUAUCUCUUCCUAAUCUCAGGUGUUACAUCUGUAUUUGCAAAUAUGAACAGCCAUAGCCUCUGGUCCAUUGAUGGAGGAAACACUCCUUGUUCCUCCUCCUCUCUAUCUCCACUCCAUAACUUUCUCAACCUUCAUCCAACUGAAACCACCACUACAAGCUUUCAGUUCAAACCAUCUCGGCAUUUCUCAAAUGGAUCGUUCUCGAGGUCUUCUGCGUUCUGCAACUUAUCCUCAUCUUCAAGCUCUGACACUCAGAAACAUCUUGGGACCACUCUUCCCUUCCUUUCAAAUCCUUCCACCGAAAGAUCUCCAGCUGCUGCGAGUUUCAGUGAGGAGGAUCUUCUGAGCAUUCCAUACGAAGAAGAAGUGGACACCUCUUUUCUUUCUCUACAUGGAGAUGGAGGUUUACAAGAUCUUGACAAGUUUUCCUUAUCGGAGGAGCAAAUGGCAUUGCAGUUCCUGUCUGAUGAGCUUCAGUUAGCCAUCACAGACCGUGCCCAGACCCCAAGGCUUGAUGAGAUCUACCAAGUGACUGGGUCGAGUCCUGGUCAGAAAUGUAUUCCUUCAGCAAUGCCUGUUUUAUCACAACAGCCAUCUCCAGGAGGAACAGAAGCAGUUAACCAAAAACCAAGAAUGAGAUGGAGUCCUGAGCUCCAUGACUGUUUUCUUGAGGCCGUGAAGAAGCUUGAUGGCCCUGAGAAGGCAACCCCAAAGGCUGUAAUGAAGAUGAUGAGUGUUGAAGGUUUGACAAUCUAUCAAGUGAAAAGCCACUUGCAGAAAUAUAGAAUAGCCAAGCACAUGCCAGAGAGAAAGGAAGAGAAGAAGAGUGGUGGUAAUCCAGAAGAGAAGAAACCAGCUUCCAAUACCAAUGGUGAAGCAAACGGUAGAAAGAAAGGAGCCAUACAGUUAACGGAGGCUCUCAGAAUGCAGAUGGAGGUACAGAAACAGUUGCAUCAACAGCUCGAGGUACAGAGAUCGCUUCAACUACGUAUAGAAGAGCACGCUAAAUACUUGGAGAAGAUCUUGGAUGAACAGCGCAAAUCCACUUCCAAACAAGACGACGAAUGUGAAACUUCCCUAAAACGUCCAAGGCUUGAAAACUGAACAUCCCACGAGCUAGUAAAAUUAAGCCUCUCAGAUUUGUAUUAUUUUGAUGUAAAUAUGUGUUCUCUGGUAGAUAGCUCUCAAGUCUCAACUGUUGGUGUUUACUACAAGUAAAGAAUAUGGUAUUAAUAGGG